AUGGAUCCUGACUAUCACGCCAAAUUCGCCAUUCACGAGGCAACCCGUGAAGGGAAGACUUCUGAAGUUGAGUCGUUUCUUAAUGCAAACCCGAAGCUCGCCGUUUUGAGAGAUGGCGACGAUCGCCUGCCCAUACACUGGGCUGCCGCGUACAAUCAGAUGCCUAUAGCUCGGUUACUGAUGUCACAUAAUGAUUUUGACCCAGACGUUGUUGAUUCUUCAGGCUGGACUCCUCUCAUGAUUGCCGCCAGUCUCAAGGACGGUGAAGGAGAAGCCAUGGUCAAGCUUCUAUUACAAAAAGGGGCGGAUGCAAACUUGAAAAGUCUCGCGGGGCAGAACGCAAUCCACUUCGCAACAUCCAAGGGCAACACAGACAUCAUCCGCGCUCUUCUCGCCAGCAAAUGCAGUGCCAGACUCCGCGAUAACCGCGGGCAAUUAGCCCUCCACCGCGCCGCGGCCAUCGGCUCAGUCCCGAUCCUCAACCUCCUGCUCAAAGAAGGAAACAGCCCGCUAAACGCCUCGGAUGCGGACGGAUUAACUCCUUUACACCAUGCCGUUUCAGAGGGCCAUGGAGAGGCUGCGUUAAUCCUCCUGCGCGCCGGCGCGGAAGCUGAUAAAAGAGAUAAUGAUGGCCAUUUGGCGAUUGAUCUGGCCCCAGAUAUCAAGGUCCGGAAGUUUAUUCUCACGGCCGCUGAACAUGAGGGAAUUGAGUUGCCCUGA